AUGGACACUCGAUUUCCAGACAAGGGCUUGAAGAAGACGACUGAUGCUGCUGGCAGGGCAAAGACUGACGUUCCGCGUCCAAAGGUCAGCAAACCUCCAAUGAAGACUGAAGCAUCGAGCGAUUACCACAGUAGCACGCCAGCGAAGACGACGAAGCCUGCACAACAUAUGAAGACUGAAAAGAAUGCGAGGUUUGCGACACCUGUACAGACUGAGAAGAGUAAAAAUCCUUCGAUGGCUGCGAAGACCGCUCAGACUACGAAGACUCCGAUUACAAAGGCUGAAAAAGCUGACAAGACUGUAAACGGUCCUGUCGCAAAUUCCAAGUCGACCUCCAAAAGCAAAGGUACGAAGAUCCAAAAAGCUGAUACUCUGACUGACUCGAUGCCUAGCACAAGGGAGACAUAUCUGAACUCUACAAAGGGCACUACAAAAGCUGAAAAGACAGCAAAAGCUUCGGCCGCCGCCAAUUCCAAGUCAACUGGCAAGACCGGGGGUUUGAGCACUCAGAAGCCUAGCACUACAAUUAAGUCCAAUCUCAGCACAGCGACCACAUAUCUAAACUCUACAGAAGCCGAUUCCAGGUCGACUGGGGGCAAAUCGACAGUACCUGUGAGCUCAGAAGCCGUGUUCACCUACGGGAAGGCCCUUAAAGCCAAGACAAGUGUUCUUACCACUGAUUAUGGUUAUACUGGACAAUGUAUCUCGCAAGGAUAUGGCUUGGGCGCCAAUCAAGGCAACUCUAUUAAACCUGAGAAAUCCGCAAGAGAGGUGAAGCGUGAUCGACUCAUCAAAGUUCUCAGAUAUUUUGCUUACACUUGA